ACCACUCCUAUCUCUCUCCCAAACUAUUUCUUUCUCUCUCUAUAUCUAUAGAGUUUCAACAGUUUGCAACAUGGGGAAAGAUGGAAAGCUAACAAAGAUCAAGUCUGCAUUAAAGGAAUGGCAAUCCAUCACCAAGCUCCACCCAACAAACACCACUUCUGUCGCAGUUGCUGACGACCGUUCUGCCACCGAAGAAGCCAUCGACGUCGCCGGAACAUUCCAUCCCGUCUAUGUCGGAAAAUGUCGCCGGCGAUACCUUGUCAGCUCCCAAGUCGUUGACCACCCUGUCUUCCAAGUGCUGGUCAACAAAACCGACGAAUCUGAUGAAAUCAACAUUGCCUGCGAGGUCGUACUGUUCGAUCACUUGCUGUGGAUGUUGGAGAACGCUGACUCACAAUUGGAAUCAAUGGACGAGCUUGUUAAGUUUUACAUUCACUGAUCUAAUUAAUGGUCUUGAUGAAGAGUACGUAAUGUAGGAGGGUAGAAUAGUAGUACUAGAUUAGCAAAUAAAUGAGAGAGUCUUCUUCAACGGUGAGGAUUACUUCAUUGUAUUUUAUAUCUGGUGAUAUCAAAUAUUUGUUAUAUAAACAUCAGAGUCACCCAAUUUGUAUAUUUAA